UAUAUAGAGAGAGGUUGUAUGCAAAUCUUAUCGUUCACGCUAUAUACUAUAUGAGCCAUCUGUUUUCUAGUAUAUAAAUGUGUGAGGGUUGUGGGAACUAACUCAUUCUUGCUUGCUGUCUAGUAUACAACACAAGUUCUUGUUCUAUUACAAAUAAGAUGAUUAAUGAUACACUCAAGUAUUUAGCAGGCUCUGCAGGUCCAAGUGGUUAUGGAUCAAAAUCAACUGCUGAUCAAGUCACUGAAGAUUUUGCUUCUUGUUUUCUUCCUUGUUCUCGAAAUCUUACUGCAAUAAUCACCGGAGCAACAUCUGGAAUUGGAGAGGAGACUGCGAGAAUUUUAGCUAAAAGAGGAGUAAAAAUAGUGAUGCCGGCAAGAGACUUGAAAAAGGCUUCUGAAGUGAAAGAAAAAAUCCAGAAGGAGAGUCCUGAGGCUGAAAUUAUACUGAUGGAGAUUGAUUUGAGCUCAUUUUCUUCCAUCAAGAGAUUUUGCACCGAGUUCCUGGCUCUAAGAUUACCCCUUAACAUCUUAAUAAACAAUGCUGGGAAAUUUUCAAAUAAGCUGGAGUUUUCUGAAGACAAAAUUGAGAUGACCUUUGCCACAAAUUACUUGGGCCACUUUUUGCUUACAGAGCUACUAAUGGAGAAAAUGGUGGAGACAGCGGCAGAAAAAGGGAUCCAAGGAAGAAUAGUCAAUGUAUCUUCUGUCGUCCAUGGCUGGGUGAAAAGAGAACAUUUUUGCUUUAACCAGAUGCUCCAACCAAAAAAAUAUAAUAGCACUCGUGCAUAUGCCCAAUCAAAACUAGCGAAUAUACUGCAUGCAAAGGAAGUGUCAAGACAGCUCAUGGCAAGGAAAGCAAAUGUUACUGCCAAUGCCGUGCACCCAGGCAUUGUGAAGACUGGAAUCAUCAGGGAUCACAAAGGCUGUUUCACAGAUUCCCUGUUUUUUGUGGCCUCCAAGUUCUUAAAGUCGACAUCACAGGGUGCAUCCACCACAUGCUAUGCUGCACUGAGCCCACAAAUGGAAGGGGUGAGUGGGAAAUACCUUACAGACUGUAACGAGACUCACUGCUCAGGACUGGCAGACGAUGAAUCCGAAGCACAGAAGCUAUGGAUGCAAUCAUGUGCUUUGAUCCAGAGAAGAUUACAGCGAUAACAACUAAUGCAUCUUCCUACUUCUUACUACCUGCCUAUCUAAUUUUAUGUGUAAACUGUAGAGUGUAGAUAGAGUAUCAUACAAUGACAAGGCUUAUUAUUCUUUACAUUGAGUCAUGUAUAUAUACAAGGCCUGUUUAAAUCUCUAGAUGUAAGAAAUACAACUUAACGGUUGAAAGAUUA